GAAGGUUAUGUGUUAGGAGUAAACAUGAGACUUGCCGUGCUGGAUCAGACCUCCUCAUUCAAUGUAGCCUGGCUACUGCCUCGAUCAGGAGCUUGCAGCUGAUAUUUCAAGGAAAGUGCAAGAAACUGCACAGUGGAUGUGGGAACUCUGCCCCCUCCCUCACCCACGGAUGAAUUCCUGCUAAUUUCUGAUGGAGAGCAGGUUAAAUGAGCAGUUUGGGUUUAGCUCAAGAUUCCUGCUGCUGGGACACAUGACUUUUCUAAAAGGGGCGGGCAAGGAAUGUCAGAAAUGGAAAGAAGGUGCAAAGGCAGCAGGACAAGUCUUAGGGCAUGUUGAAGAGAAGUCAGAACAUUUCCCUGAAACUGAAGUCUGUAGUCUGGGGGAAUCUCCAUAUGUUCAGACAUUCAGAAGACCAAUACCUAUUCCUAGUAAAAGUUGUUUCUCUGUAGAUAUUUCCACUAAGGGGAAAACUAAAAGAAAUUCCAUUUGAUUAUAGUAAUGUAACUAUAUGCCCAUCCUGUUUAAAUAGAUUAUCCACCAUUUAAUCCAAUAACUGUGCUAUUAAAAAAUUCAAACCAAGAAUGUGGUGAUAACCCUUUAGCAUAUAAGAAUUUCUCAGUCUCUUAAGAGUUGUAGUUGUACGUCGUUUGGCUUUAAAAACAAGCGUAUCGAAGGUGUACUUAGAUUAGGAAGAAAAUGUUCUCCCCUUAUAUCCCUUCCCCAUAACUCCAAAAAGUUAGUGCAGAAGUGUUUGAAUUUACUCCUUAUGAAGUUGGCAGAGGUGGUCCUUAAAGAUUCCUUAAUAGUUUCGGACCCAGCUCAUAAACGGACGUGUUGGAUUCAGACCAUGGUUAUUGGCAAGAUAAGCUCAGAAGUACUUGCCUUGGAAAGCAGCUAAAAAUGUAAACCUGCACAUGAAGGAUAAUACUGCAGUUUGAGAAAACAGUGUACUCAUGCUAGAGAGCUCAUUGUCACUUGGCCAUAGUUUUCUAGUCAUUUCCUUAGUUCCUCAGACUCUUUCCAUCUCUGUGUGGCUUGGCUUUACAUUUUUGUGGCUGUAAUUGGAACUGAGAAUGAAAGGGGCCAAUCAUGAGAAGACAUAGGUACUUGGUAUUCUGGGCUCUACAGUUACUCAUCAGUAAGUGCCCUUUAUGAUGCCAGAGGAUGGAUGUGGAGGUAGACUUGGAGUCUGAUAAUGACACUUGUGACUCAGGUGAGGACCAUUCAGAUGAUUCCAGUCAGACAUCUGAGAGGGUGGGUCGCAAAGCCAGCCUCCAGCUGGAAGUCGAAGAGGAUUAUUCACCACCAUCUAGUCCUGACUGCAACCCUGCUGGAACUUCAGGUAGGCAAGAGCUUCCUGUAGAACUGCAGUGUGAAGAGGAGGAAACUUAUGAGACCUAUUACCAGAAGCGUAAUUCAACCACGCCUGGGGUCUUUGUCACCUCCAGCACCAACUUUGACCUGCAAUGUGAAGAUGAGGAUCUGGAACUGUAUUCCUCAGAGCACUCUGAGGAACCUCAGGGUGGACUAAGUGAGGAUGAUGAAAACAUCAUUCUUAUUGAUGCUUUCAAUGAGGAGGAACUGGACCCAAUCUCUGGAGAAGCUUAUCGAUGCAAGAAGUGUGGUACCGCUUUCCAGGACUUUAGUGAAUUACAGGAACACCAGCAGAUUCACCCAACAGAGAAUUCAUACCAAUGCCCAAUCUGCGGCAAAGAGUUCUUCCGAACUGCAAACUUGCGAAUGCACAUGCUCAUUCAUUCUAGUGACAGGCCACACAAGUGUCCAGAGUGUGACAAAGGCUUUAUCCGCACAGCAGAUGUCUGGAGGCACCUACGCAAUGUACACAAGAUUGAGCGUUCAAAAAUUUUGGGGAAUGGUAUGGUUAGGAACCCAUGUUCUUCCGUGCACAGGAACCAAAGCGGUGGAGAUACCUAUCAGCAAUGUGCAGCCGAUCAAAAGCCUGGAGAAGGACAGUCUAAACCUUACAUCUGCCCAACAUGUGGCAAAGGUUUUCAUAAACCUAAUCUGCUGUCCAAACAUAAAGUGAUCCACCGGCAGGACAAGCCAUAUGAAUGCCAAGAAUGUGGGAAGUCCUUUGUUCAGCUGCUCAGGUUGAAAAGACACCAAAAAACUCACUCUGGAGAACGCCCUUUCUACUGUGAGGAGUGUGGAGGGACCUUCACACGUCUAGCUUCUCUACAGCGGCACCAACGCAUCCAUACUGGAGAAAAACCCUAUUCUUGUGCUUACUGUGCUCAAGACUUCACAGAAUCAGGCUCUUUGAGGAGACACGAGCGCACGCACAAAGUGAAGACGGCUUAAUGUCUAGAAAAUGUUGCACUAGUAGGAAUGUUGUUUCUUAUCUGACUUAAACUUGUCCAUGCUGCUUGAAAAAUGUUCCCACUCCCACGAGAAAAGCCAGUUAAGAGCCUUCUUCUCUAGGUCUGACUGGCAUAAACCUAGUAAGGAGACAUUUCAUAAGUAACUGCAUGAUCUCUGCAAGUAAAGACAAUGCUGAGUGGCUCUGCAGACUUGCUUAGCAGUUGACAGAGGAGAUAUCUUCAUUGCCAUUUUGUAAUAAGCACACAGAAGUCUACUGAUAUAAGUAGAAAGUAAAGACCCUUGAAGGUAUAUGACAAUUUUAUAGCUAGUUGGACUUUCCCAGGGGGUGCCUCUAGGAUUGAUACAUUAAAUGAAGCCCUUUCACAUUCAUGGUCUCUGAACUGGUUGGUGUUGCUGUCUAUAAUGUGACUGUUCUCUGGCACUGGAUUUGGAGAUGUGUCAUUGUUAGGCCUGCAUAAUACAGUCAGAGCUGGCCCAUCCAUACCUUAUCUCUGUGCAUUCUCUUUUUUUUUAAUGAAGUAUUUUAUUUGGAAAGAAAGCAUCACAGCACUUGUAAAAAUGGACAGUUAACAUCUACACUGCAUACACAUACCUGCCGAUGGAGAUACUGAUCCAUUGUGUGUUUAUACAUAACUAGAGUUAUAUAUGUAUAUUGGUAAAUGGAGAGAGGGUUGUAUGGCUGGUUGUGAUGGUGCAUGUGAAUGAUCUGUCUGGAUCUGUGCCACUUGUGUCUAGCUGGAGGAGAGCCUUUACCCUGCCCAGCUACUGCAUUACAGUAACAAAUAUUUGAGAACGUAAAAUCAGAAAAAACAGUAAUAAAAAUAAGGAAAAUA